AUGCUUCCCGUCAAGCCCCCUCGCGGAAUGGAUCAUGCGGAAUGCCUGUAUCUGGAUAGCCGACUUUCUGGGCUGUACCGCACGGUGUUCAAGAGUAUGGCCGACAUUGAGCGCUUGCGCGCGUCGUCUGGCCUUUCGUCCCCGUCUACUCCUGCAUGGGCCACCGUUAAGCACUUCCGCCAAGGCCCGGGUGCAGCAUGGGGCAUCGCGGCGGAAUCGCUCGCCCUGGUCCUUUAUUACCUCGCGUCCGAAGAACAUUUGAGCGGUGACGAGGUUGAGAAGUAUCGCGCGGCAGCGCAAUACACGCACAGCUGGCUUCACGACGAUAACUUUGACGGCAGCAACGAAACAUGGCACGCAGACCCAGUAGAUGGAGAGGAAGACUGGCAAGGCAACCCGGCUACGGCCCCGGUGGUUCACAACGCCGUCCGUGUGGCGUAUGACUUGGAGGUGAGCCGCCGCGCUGGCGGCACCUCGUAA